AUGGCAUACUACACCACAAGACAGAAGAUCAAACAGACUUACUCAUGGGUUGGCAGGCCAUUGUUGGAUCCAAAACUGUACUACCAAACCUACAAGGAAAUGUGUGUGAAAAUAGAAGGUUGUUCAACUCAGAUUCAUAUCCAAGUUGGACAGUUUGUGCUGAUUAAAGGCAAUGAUGAUGAAAAUCCUUAUAUUGCUAAAUUGAUUGAGUUGUUUGAAGAUGACUGUGAACUGUAUUCCAAGAAACGAGCUCGAGUACAGUGGUUUGUCAGAUUCUCUGAAGUCCCUAUGUGUAAACGGCAUUUGUUGGGCCGCAAGCCUGCUGCACAGGAGAUCUUCUGGUAUGAUUACCCUGCCUAUGAUGGCAACAUUGAUGCUGAGACCAUCAUUGGCCCUGUGAGGGUAAUUGCUUUAGCCCCUGAUGAAAUGAUACCUAUGGGUUUAAAAUAUGAAAACACAUUCUUUGUGAAACUAUCCUGGAAUGAAAAGAAGUUCAGACCUCUGUCUCCAGAACUACUUGCAGAGUUGGAUAAGCUACAAGAAAGCAGCCCCAGGUGCCAGAAGCCUGUGGGAGCCAAGACUAAGAACACAGAAAGCCCACCUUGGACCACCACAGAGCAAGCAGACAAAAGAGUAGAAUCAAGGCACCAUGCCUCUAAAUCCUGUCAGACUCCUACCCAUUCAAUUACUCCAAGAGCAAGGAAGAGACUGGAGCUUGGCAGUCUCCCGAAGACACCUAACUAUGGGACUUCCCAGGAGAAGACGUGUACUUCUCUGGGUUCUCCAGAAAGAACCAAGCGGAAAGAGCCCUCCUCUGAGUUGACCUCACCCUGCAAGAGGCCUCAGCUUCAUACUUUGUCUCCAGUUCUAAAAGCCACUGGUUCCAAGGACAACAAGAGGUCUUCGCCUAAAUGUCACAUGACCCUGAGAACCCGAGUCCCUGCUUUGAAAGCAACAGAGAUUAAUGAGAGAUUGCUUUCCCCUGUAAUAAGGGGUCAGAAACCCUUGGUGGCACCUUAUGUGGUUCUGAAACCAGAAAAAUACAAAAAGAGUGACUCAGAAAAACCAACAGCCCAGAGUGAAGCUGCAUCCACUCCCCGUCGUGUCCGCAGAAAGAGUUCUCUCUUAACUUUGAGUCGGAUCCGGCAACAGCUUCGGUUUUUGGGUAAUAGUAAAAAUGACCAAGAAGAGGAAGAGUUUCUACCGACAGCAGAGAUUUCAGACUCCAGCAGUGAGGAGGAAGACACCUCCACGCCACACCUCCCAAGAACACCCAUCAGUGUAUCCAGGAACUUACGAUCUUCCAGGAAGUCAUCCUUUCAGACUCCCUCCAAGACACCCAGGAAAACUCCUAAGUGUAGAACUCCAUGUCAGGCUAAGCCCCAGAUCCGAAGCCGAAGCCUGACUGCCCAGGAGCCGACCAAUGUGUUGGAGGAGGCUCGACUGAGGCUGCAUGUUUCUGCCAUACCUGAGUCUCUCCCCUGUCGGGAACAGGAAUUCCAAGACAUCUACAACUUUGUGGAAAGCAAACUUCUUGACCAUACUGGAGGGUGCAUGUAUAUCUCCGGGGUCCCUGGGACAGGGAAGACUGCCACUGUACAUGAGGUGAUACGCUGUCUGCAGCAAGCAGCUGAAGCAAAUGAUGUUCCACCCUUUCAAUACAUUGAAGUCAAUGGCAUGAAGCUAACGGAACCCCACCAAAUCUAUGUGCAAAUCUUACAGAAGCUGACAGGCCAAAAGGCAACAGCCAACCAUGCAGCAGAACUUCUGGCAAAGCGGUUUUGCACACUUGAUUCUCCUCAGGAACUGACUGUGCUGCUUGUGGAUGAGCUUGACCUGCUGUGGACUCAGAAACAAGACGUAAUGUACAGUCUCUUUGAUUGGCCCACGCACAAGGAGGCCCGGCUAGUAGUCCUGGCCAUAGCCAACACAAUGGACCUGCCAGAGCAAAUCAUGAUGAAGCGGGUGGCGAGUCGACUGGGUCUUACCAGGAUGUCCUUUCAGCCCUAUACUCACAGCCAACUGCAGCAGAUCCUAAUGUCCCGACUCAAACACAUAAAGGCCUUUGAGGAUGAUGCCAUCCAGUUGGUAGCCAGGAAGGUAGCAGCCCUCUCUGGAGAUGUGCGGCGCUGCCUGGACAUUUGCAGGCGUGCCACCGAGAUCUGUGAGUUCUCUCACCAGAACCCUCAUGGCCCUGGCCUGGUCACUGUGACCCACUUACUGGAAGCUGUGGGUGAGAUGUUUGCAUCAUCGUACAUCACUGCCAUCAAAAACGCCUCAGUCCUGGAGCAGGGCUUCCUGAGAGCCAUCCUUGCCGAGUUCCGUCGAUCAGGUCUAGAAGAAGCAACAUUUCAACAGGUGUACAGCCAACACCUGGUGCUGUGCCGAAUGGAGGGCCUGCCCUACCCCACCAUGUCUGAAACCAUGGCUGUGUGCUCUCGCCUGGGCUCCUGCCGCCUCCUCCUCAUGGAGCCCAGCAGGAACGACCUGCUCCUUCGCGUGCGGCUCAACGUCAGCCAGGACGAUGUGCUGUAUGCACUGAAAGAAGAGUGA